AUGACUACUCUACGAGCUAAAGCUGUCUUGAUUGGUGAUGAAGUUCAUGUUGCUGGUAAUAAAGAUCAGUGGGGUCGUGGCAGUGGAGAAACAUCGAAUGAAGGAAAAUUGAGUACGACAGCUGGAUCAUCAAAAAAACCAGUUUAUGGUGUUGUUGAAUUUGAACAAAAUGGUGAUACAGUUGUUAUGACAGGAAAAAUUGAAGGACUUGGAGAAAAUACACAACAUGGCUUUCAUAUUCAUGAAUUUGGUGAUGUUAGCAAUGGAUGUACAUCAGCAGGUACACAUUUUAAUCCACAUAAAAAACAGCAUGCUGGUCCUGAUGAUGCUGAUCGACAUGUGGGUGAUUUAGGAAAUGUUCAAUCGGAUGCUCAUGGUGUGGUAACAUUGAAUAUUAAAGAUAAAGUAAUAGCUCUUCAUGGUGAACAUUCAAUUCUUGGUCGUUGUUUGGUUAUUCAUGAAAAACCAGAUGACUUAGGUCGUGGUGGUGAUGAAGAAUCGAAAAAAACUGGUAAUGCUGGAAAACGUUUAGCUUGUGGUAUUGUUGGUACUGUCAAUCCAGAAAAAAAGUAA